AUGAUACGAGGGAAAGGAUAUGAUGGAGCUUCAAAUAUGAGAGGUGAAUUUAAUGGUUUAAAAUUAAAGAUUCUAGAUGAAAACCCUUAUGCUUUCUAUGUCCAUUGUUAUUCUCACCAUUUACAAUUGGUGGUUGUGUAUGUUGUUAAUAGUUUCUCAUCUAUUCAUGAUUUCUUUGAAAUUGAGAGUGGUGAGAUAUCUCAAGGAAAGGGCUUGCAUCAAUCAUCUAGUCUCGCUAGACCCAGGGAUACUAGAUGGGGUUCACAUUAUACUACCUUAAUUCGUUUGGAUGAGAUAUGGUCCUCCGUGUUAGAUGUGCUUAGUAUUGUUGAUGAAGAUGGACCAUCUCAAGCGGCAGGUUUGAUAGAAAAAAUGGAAAGCUUUAAAUUUGCUUUCAUUUUAAAGAUUAUGUUAAAGUUGUUCGGUAUCACAAAUGAACUUUUAAAAAUCUUGCAAACAAAAGAUCUUAAUAUUGUGCUUUCUAUGGAAUUAGUUGAUGAUGUUAAAGCUCGGUUGGCUACAUUGAGAGAGAGUAGUUGGGAUGAUUUCUUUAUUGAUGUCCAAGAAUUUUGUGUUGCUCAAAGUAUUCUGGUGCAAAAUAUGGAUGAAGAAAUACUUGUUCGAGGUCGUUCAAGAAGAGAAGGGAGGACUGUCACUAAUCUUCACCAUUACUGUGCAGAGAUUUUUUAUGUUUCUAUUGAUAAAAUAUGUGUGGAGAUGGAUCACCGAUUUAGUGAAGGAAGUAACGUUGUUUUGGAUUGCUUCUCAUGUCUUGACCCGAAGAACUUUUUUUCCAAGUUUGAUGUUGAUAAGAUUGCUUGUCUUGCUAAUACUUAUCGUGCUGACUUUUCUGAUUAUGAUCGUGGAACAAUAAGGGAUCAACUUGAGACUUAUGUACAUCAAGUGAAAAUACAUGCAACCUUUACUUCUUGUGAAGAUGUUCAAAGUUUGGCUAAGAAGAUAGUUCAAAUUGAGAAACAUUUGCAUACGUUGAAAAACCUUUUUCAGCAAUGA